AUAUUAAGAAAGCAACGUUUACAUGAAACUGGUAAAUCAAAUUUAGAUUUCAAAUCAAUAGACAUAUAAAGAUCUGAAUUUCUUCCAAGACUCACAUUUUUAGCAACAGCGAAAAGCAAGAAUUUAGCCGAAACAAUUGCAAGUAAACUAAACAAAAAGCCACCUCCAAUAUCCCAAUCUUAAACAAGUUUCUACUAAAAAAACAAUUUAUAGAUAAAAUAAAAAAUGCAUAUAUCGAAUCAGCGUUUUUCUAACUUAGAAGAAAAAGAAUUAAGAAAAAGAGUAUUUACAGGAGAAUCGAACACUAUGUAUAGAAAGGAUAUUUAACCUCAAUCUACUUUAGAAAAACGGUCAACAAAAUUAUUAUAAAAUGCAACGUUUUAAGAAAAAUUAAUUGAUGAAAAGCAUGAAGUUAAUGCCACAGCAAUAGCUGAAACAUAAUUUGUAGGUUUUGAUUAAUAUAAUAAAUAAACAUUAGAAGGAAAAGUUGAUUUAGAAAAAGUACGAGAAAUAAGAAGAGCAAUAAGAAGAAGGUAUGCAAAUAGAACUAAUUUUUAAAAAAUUUUUAAUUAUUGGGAUUAUAAUUCUACAGGGAGUAUUAAUACGAAAAAUGCUUAUGAUAUGAUAAAAAAGAUGGGUAUAAAAAUUAAUUAUGACGAAUGUAGGGUACUUAUUGCCAGUUCUGACUAAGAUUAAAGUGGAGAUUUGAAUUUAAAUGAAUUUAUGGACCUCAUAUUUAAUAGUAAUGACACUUUGAACGUAAAUUUAAAAUCCCUUCCAGUAAUUUCGGAAGAAGAAUAUCCUACUUCGACGGUUGAUGAUGUACUUGAAAAAUUAAAUUAGGAUGCUUAAAAAACUAGAUUGGAUAAACAUGUGAAUUAAAUGAAUGUUAUUUUAAAAAAUAAACUUCCGAUUUUAAAAAUAUAUGUGCUUUAAGCUGAUAGCUUAAAUUAAGGUUUUGUUAGUACUGAAAAAUAUUAAGAAAUAUUAAAAAAAUUAGCCAUUCCUGAAAGUAUUUUAUCAAAAAAGGAUAUUCAGUAUAUUUUUGAUAGACAUAAAAUUGAUGAAUAUAAAUUUGAUUAUAAAAAUUUUAUUGAUUAUUUGAAAAAAUAUGAGUUUGUUCCUGAAGAUAUUUACGUAUCUAUAAAUUUAUUUUUUGUUAUAUAUAUAAAAAAUUAAUAAAAAUAAGAUUGACCCAAGUUUAACUGAAAAAAAAAAGAUGAAAAAUAAAAAUUAUUAACUUAAUUUAAUUAUGAAGAAGAUAAAAAAGUUCAUAUUUUUGACUCUAACGACGUUAAUUCUUGUCAUUUAGAAUAAAUAAGGAAAUAAUCAAUUAAAGUUUUUAGAAUUAUAGAAAGAUAUUUAAAUAACAAAGAGGAUUUUGAUAAAUUUUUAAUGAAUUAAAUGAAAUCUGAUUCUUUAUAAAAUAAAUAAAUAUCAAAAAAGGAGUUAACGAAAGCAAUGUAAAACUUAUUUCUUAAUGUAGGCGAAAAGGAUGUUAAAAAAGAAGAAAUAUAAUCUUUUUUGUCGCUUUUUUC